CUGCAGUUGGCGGUCGGGCUAGACAAGAGAGGCGCCUGCGCCCGCGCCUGCGAGCUGGGCUUGUGAGUGGGGCUGCCCAGCGGGCAGGCGUGGGGCGAGGCCAAAGGACUGAACCCGCAGGAGCGUCACAGGCGCCGGGGCGGCUGCAGACGGCGGGCCUGGGUCAGUGAGAAGGCCGUGGACCCCCGCCCUGCCUGCUACUCCCAUCCUCGCCUGCUGCGCGCUCCAUGGGGAACGACCUCCGAUUGGGUCCGAUGCCUACCCUCGGGGUGGAGCCGGCAGGUUUUCUAUCAGAUGUUCUACGUAAUAAUGCUGGAGUUAAGAAGUUUCCAUUAUUUUGCUCCAAACCAGAAGACUCUGUUCCCUGUAUAUAGAAUAGGAGUAAUGUUUGAAAACAACUGGCUGGUGUUUAAGACUGAAGAUUGUCGUGAUUGUUUAUCCUAAUCCCAAUGCUGAAGUAAGAUUGUCUUGGAAAUACUAAGUUGGGAAAGUGAAUUCUGCAUUUAAAUCUCAGGGAACCAGUCAGAAGCAUCUGGAUUAGGCAUUUAGUGAUACAAGGAUCCAGAGUGACAAAAUAUUAUGUAUCAUCCACAUUCACACAACAGGAUAAUCCAUAUCUACUUCUGGAACCAUGAAAAUUUUGCUAGUUUUUGACUUUGACAAUACGAUCAUAGAUGACAAUAGUGACACUUGGAUUGUACAAUGUGCUCCCAACAAAAAACUUCCUAUUGAACUACGUGAUUCUUAUCAAAAAGGAUUUUGGACAGAAUUUAUGGGCAGAGUCUUUAAGUAUUUGGGAGAUAAAGGUGUAAGAGAACAUGAAAUGAAAAGAGCAGUGACAUCAUUGCCUUUCACUCCAGGGAUGGUGGAACUCUUCAACUUUAUAAGAAAGAAUAAGGAUAAAUUUGACUGCAUUAUUAUUUCAGAUUCAAAUUCGGUCUUCAUAGAUUGGGUUUUAAAAGCUGCCAGUUUUCAUGAUGUAUUUGAUAAAGUGUUUACAAAUCCAGCAGCUUUUAAUAGCAGUGGUCAUCUCACUGUGGAAAAUUAUCAUACUCAUUCUUGCAAUAGAUGCCCAAAGAAUCUUUGCAAAAAGGUAGUUUUGAUAGAAUUUGUAGAUAAACAGUUACAACAGGGAGUGAAUUAUACACAAAUUGUUUAUAUUGGUGAUGGUGGAAAUGAUGUCUGUCCAGUCACCUUUUUAAAGAAUGAUGAUGUUGCCAUGCCACGGAAAGGAUAUACCUUACAGAAAACUCUUUCCAGAAUGUCUCAAAAUCUUGAGCCUAUGGAAUAUUCUGUUGUAGUUUGGUCCUCAGGUGUUGAUAUAAUUUCUCAUUUACAAUUUCUAAUAAAGGAUUAAUUAAUAUGCCAGCAA